CGAUAAACUUCGCCAGCUUUCCCACGAAAUCCGGUCAGUGACCGGCAGAACACUGACCAUGCGGCUGUGUUUAGCAGGCUUAAGCGAGUUUGUUGAAGUUUUAGCCGACGUUCAAAAUCUAACCUGAGUCCCACUAAUGUGUGGAGCAGAAUGUGGCAGAAUUCAAGUACUGGCAGAUUCCAGAACAUAGUUCUUCCAGGUUUUGCCAGUUCUGCCGGCGGAACUUCUUCCAAACAGUCCUGUCCACAACACCAUCAUGAUCCGUCCAACUUGGACAUCCCCUUCAACAGAUUUGGCAGUUUGUUUCAAGUGGUGAAUGUAGUAACUGACAGAUCUAACAGCAGUUAUAUAGACGAGAGUACAAGAGUCAAGAGAGCAUCAUUACUCCUGUUGGUUGUAGUCUUGGUCAUCGCUGCUUCUACAGGCCUACUAGCCACAGAACUUCCGCACACAUCGAGCGACGUCGUUUCUAACCAAUUCCUUCUAUUUGUCUUCAUCUCAUCCUUCUUCGUACCAUAUACAGUCCGCUACUUGCCAACCCGCUUCAUAAGAUCUACCGAACUUGGGGCCUGAGUUAUUCCACGAGGACGCCACCUUUCUUUGCAGACAAACAGAACCACCCUACAUAACGAGCGGUGUUCUUUUCUAGCUUGAAUCGAUCAGCAGUUGCGGAACAGGUACCAGUAUGCUUAUAUCACAUACCCAGCGAAAAUAAAUAUUCCCCGUACUCGCAUUCAGUGGCGAACUGAGUUGC